AUGUGGGCCCCGCUGCUCGGCCAGGCUGCGGUGUUUGCGGCCCUUGUGGCGCUGAGCUCCUGCUUGACAGGGUCUCACCUGUGCCCCCGGAGUUUAGACUGUGCCCGAGCAGGACGACACUUCUGCCCGCCCAGCAGCUCACACUGUGGCCCCUGCCUGCGCCCUCUGGUAGAGAACUCCCAUGGCAGAUGCGUGUUGAAGAGGAGACACGCUCCUCACUCAGCUCACUUCAGUAAAGGUAACACCAACACAUACCCUGAGGUGGAUGAAGAGAUCGACUUCCUGUCUGCUGUCAUCAGUGAACAGAGGACUGAGUCUCGGCUGCCAGCUUCACCCUCCCAGUAUGCCUCUAAUCCCAAAGCCAAGCAGCUCAGUGAGCUCAGCGACGACCACAAACCACCUAUCACAGAGCCGCCUGCGAGCCAGAGAGUCCAGGUCACCACACUGGCUCCAUCCACCACCACCAACACCACCACCAACACCACAAAGACCACUCCCACUUUGCUCAGAGACCCCAUCAUCCUCACCUACCCGUCCAAUGACCAUGUCUUCAUUAUCAUGAGUAGCGUGUUCAUCGUGGCAGGGACACUGGCUUUGAUAAUGGCAGGGGCCUGUUGGGUCAGAUUGCAGAAAGGUCUGCAUCUAACUCAAAAGAUGGACUCUCCUGUACAUCGACUGAUCAGAGCCCAAGCUUUUGAUAAUUUGCCUGGGGACAAGAAGCUGGCCCACAGUGCCCAGAUGUACCACUACCAGCACCAGAAGCAGCAAAUGCUUUCCCUGGAGAAGAACAGGGAUGAGCCAAAGGUUCCUGACUCAGGAGCAUCAACAGAUGAGGAGAACGAAGAUGGGGAUUUCACCGUAUAUGAGUGUCCUGGAUUGGCACCAACGGGGGAAAUGGAAGUGAAGAACCCGCUGUUUGACGACUCCCCCCUUUACCUUCAUAAGUUUCACUAGGAAACUGGACAUUCAAAUUCUGUCACACUUCACAUCGAGCACUUGUGUGCAAACAUAAUAACAUUUAAAAUAACGCGCACACCACAUACACUGCUAUACCCAGCCCAGUCCUUUUAUGGACAGUAUGGAGAGUGUAAGUACAUGAAGGAGGAAGGGGAGUGAGGCAUUCAUGGACAUUUAAAGGAUGGUUUAUUUGUUCGAGGCAGAACUGAAUCUGGGACCAAUGUCUCCCACUCUGUAACCACAUUGUUUGUGCUCAAUCUUUUUUCCUAGUAUUGUUUACAACCUUACAAUCAGCCAGUAUCAAAGAACUCCACACGAAUUCUGUCAGGUAGCAAACACGCUGAUUAUCAUAAAAUAAACUACAGCAGAUUCCAGUGCACAGCCAGUUUUCUGAUGCCGAUGACCAGAAACAAAGAAUAUCUUUAUGUCAAUUUGGAUAGAUUGUUAUGAAUAUUUGUGUUUAUUAAUCAGUAAAUACUCUUUAAUUUAUUGAGCUCUUGCUGCAGGCCUUGGUUUUAUUUAAAUAUUUAUAAAAAGAAAUGUGAUUUUAAUAUUUCAUGAACAAACAUGCGGCACUGUGAUUUGUAUCACUAUGUUAUGUAGCCAUUGUGUUCUCAGUCUAGUUGCUCUAUGCAUGAAUUAAUGAUGCUGUGUAAGAAAUAUGAGAGUCAAUAUGCAUUUACAGUGUUACAAGUUUCUUGUGUAAAACAGAUUUCACAGGAUUUUGAAACUUCUAUAUCUAGAACUCUGAAACAGAGUGAGGCUGUCCAGUAUAUAUGGUAUCGGACUAACAUGACUAGUCCCCACGGUUUUCUGAUCUGUAUAUAGCUGCUAAUAUGUACAGAAAGAGAUUUCACCUCUCACUCAGUCUGUUACUACACAUGUUCCUCUAGAUUGCCGAGUGCUGUGUCAAAUAUUGAGCUAAUUGCUUCCUCCUCACUGACUGUUUGCAGGGCCUCUACACAUGUGGGAAGUAGAUGUAGUGAUGUUCAGGUCUGGAAAACAUAUUAUCCCCAUUAUACAGUUUUCUACUAACAUGAACCUUAGGAGGUUUCAAUUCUACAAAGAUUUUAUCGGGAAAAACAUGACAAAACGGCCAAGUCUAACUUGGUGAACAUUAUUUAAAAUGAAUAAGACCCCAUGAGCUAGAAAAUAAUGAUGAUCACUCAUCAUUAUCUUUCCUCAGAAAUGUAGAGUAUAUGAUAAUUACAGUUACAGGACGAGCUGCCAUUUUCCUUAUAAAAGUCUUUAUAAAUUGGAAGUUGCCAAUUUGAAAAUUAAACUUACAAAAACACCCUCAUCAACACACAUGGUAGCACUGGUCAGAAACCAUGUGAUGCACCAAACAGAAACCCUGUUUGUGGACAAUCACAUGUUGCAGCUCUGUGGAAAACAAUUUGACAACAAUGGAUGUUCAAUGGAAAAAUUUAUAUUCAUUAUAAUUUAGCCACAAUAAGAAAACAAUUCAUAUAUCCUCAUACAAAUUUAAUUAGUAAUUAUGCUUUUUCAAACAUCAAUCAAAACUCAAAUUUGUACAUGUUAAGUUUGUUAUAUUUAAGAUUUUUUUGUUGAUUUAAUGAUAUUCUUUAAUCAUUGGCAUUUCUGGAACGAUAUAAUCGGGUGUGCAGAUAUAAUGAAUCAAUCUCACUUUGAUGAUAUGAAGGCCGGUCAUGACUGAAUGAAAAUUUGAUCACUGUGUUUUUAUGAUAAUUUAAUUUGCAAUGUUGCUCAUAUGUCAGAUUGGAUUGAUGGAUCCCUGAUGGAUCCCUGUUUUUUAUUUUGUUUCCUGGACCUGCUACAUUCUCCUGUCCUAACCACUUCACAGGACUUGAGGUGCUGUAUUUUGCAGCUGCUUAUAUUUGUCCCACUGUGUAGCUCAUGGAUUAUAUUCCACCCCAGGAUGAUUCUUUAGCUCCAGUCACAGGAGUGUAUACCUGUGGCCUCUUGCUGUCGUCUCUCAGGAAAGCCUCUCUCUGUGGCUCCCCUCUUCAGCCUGCUCCCACUUUGUCAGCCUCUCUGCUCUCCCACAGUGGAAGAACCUCUUUAACUCUACAUGACCUGCACAUACACGAGUGUCACUAUGUAAAAAGAAAUAUAUACAACUGAUACCAUGAAAUAUUAAGACUGGAGAUCUUUAUUCCAACCCACUGAGCUUGUAGAACAAAAUGAAGGACAUAUCAGUUGGAUGGAUAAGGAAUUACCAGAAACUAUAAUUCUCAUGUUGUUUGCCUUAUUUAAUUCUACCUUGCUUGGCAAAAACCGAGCUGGUUGUCUUGUCGUGGUCCUUCUCAAUCUGAUGAUGAUGAUGAUGAUGAUGAUGAAGACUUGGUUUAUUGAAGGGAACCAGAGAACGAGUAACUAUCCAGGCAAGCUCUCUUUGAUAAAGACUGUUUUCAGACUACAUAUUAUACAUUCUACACACUAAGGAAGAUGCCUGUGUGUGUUUAGCAUGCAUGUGGAUAUACCAGAGCUGAAAUGAAAUAAAUAAAUAUUUAUAUAAUCUGAAGUCA